UCGACAACCGAAGGGCCAAUAAUAUGGUGGCGAUGUUUGAGAGGUCCAAGAGUUUUGUCGACGAAGACCCUUACGCUGUGCCCACACAACCCAAUGGCGGCGAACGUGUGGCCAAGAAUGGGGGCAAACAGGGCUCGGAAAAGGCACGACCGCCUCGACUGCCGCCCAGGGAUGGUAUGGGCCGUAAAAAGCAUGCGAUAGAUUUGCCACAACCCGACUACGAGGUGGACAGUGAAAACAAUUUCACCGCUCAGACCAAGACUAUCACUGAUAGGAAAUUUGAAGACCCCUAUUAUUGUGGAUUUAAGGCCAGAGUACCAAACUUUGCCAAACAGGCGAAACAGCGGUCGACAACAGCGGCCACCACUACCACCACAACCACAACGACCGGCCAA